AUGGAGAGCGACCUUGACCAAGAAGAUGCCCAACAUCUUGGAUUCUUCGGCAUCAUCAAAGAAUCCAUCCAUAUUGUCGUCUCAUUUAGACAUAUUUUCACACAGAUAACGUUAGCCUUCGUUCUUCCCCUUUCAAUUGUCUUCUUAGCGCACAUUUUGAUCUCCGAAUUACUAUGCGGACAAAUAUUCGACAAUGAAGACCAACUUCUCACAACCAAUAUCGGAUCCGCCAAGUAUACAAAAAUCUCAGACAUUCUCGAUUCCGAAUAUAGCACGUUCUUCAUCUUCACAAUUCUCUAUUACAUCUUCCUCCUUAUCCUCUCCCUACUCUCAACCUCCGCCAUUGUCUACACCAUAGCGAGCAUCUACACGGCAAAGGAUGUCACGUUUACGAAAGUUAUCAACGUCGUCCCACAAGUAUGGAAAAGACUAAUGGUAACAUUCAUAUGGAGCUUCAUCAUUAUUUGUGCCUACAAUUUUGUUGCAUUGAUUUUGUUGUGCUUGAUAGCUAUAAUGGAUUUGGACGUGGGCGGUCUAGAUUUGCUCGCUUUCCUUAUCAUUUACUUAAUCGGAAUUGUGUACAUUAGCAUUGUUUGGCAUCUAGCUAGCGUGGUAUCGGUUUUGGAAGAUUUACACGGUAUUCAAGCGAUGAACAAGAGUUCGAGCUUGAUAAAAGGAAAUAGGUUAAUCGCUUCGGCUAUAUUUGUGACACUUAAUUCUUCGUUUGUUAUCAUUCAAGGAUCGAUGGUUAUAGCCGGGGCGAAAGAUGCAUCGGGUGUUCCGGGUAAUAGGGUUGGUUAUGAGAUAUUUUUCUUGUUCCUAUUGGUGGUAUUGAUCUUGUUCGGACUUGUCAUUCAGACCGUGAUAUACUUUGUUUGCAAAUCUUGUCAUCAUGAAAAUAUCGAUAAGUCGGCAUUGGCAGAUCAUCUUGAAGAGUAUCGUGGCGAUUAUAUGCCUCUCAAAUCAAUGGAUGUUCAAUUAGAAUCCGUUCAUCCUUAA